CGCUUCCACAGUCAACACGUCAUGACGUGCCGGAUGUUUUUACCGCGUCAAGUUAACGGGAAUAGAAAAGGCUUGCUCUAAAAAUAAAAGCCUUAAAAAGAAUAGCGUUAAAGUAGUUGCUUUAUAUUUGACCCAGACGCAUGUACAUCAUUGUAAGAUGUAUUCACCUGUGGAGUCUGGUCUCCUGCUGGGCCCAUAACUAGGAGGUUAUUAUGAAUUAUGUGUCUUUAAGCGGUGCUUUUAUUGCGAUACUUUGAACGGAAACGCUGCGUGUUACUCCCUUGAGUUGCCCUCUGUUUUUAUUUUCGUCUGGGACUCCAGGAAGUGACUCUACAUUGAAAGUGGUUCGUGGAUUUCCAGAUAAUAUAUAUAUCCGCGGAUAUUAAACUUAAUAGCGUCGUAACACGUCACAUUACCGACGUGCUUGUUUCGGAGCACGCUAACGGGCGAACUGGGAGCGGCUCGGGAGCCCUGAACCACCGAUGCAGAUGAGGAAGAGAGUCCCCGCGUGUUUGAUUGCGUCCAGUAUGGCUUCACUAGCGGUGCUCAUGAUGGUGUUGUACGGCACCAUCGGCAGUCAGCAGUCGGGCAGCUCCAGCCUCAGGCACGACUACCAGCUGCUGGGAAGACCCCUUUACAAGCUGGACCUGAACUGGCCGAAGAACCCGGAGCUCUUCACCGGGGCGGCGUUUGGAGUGGCCGUCAACCAGCACGCGGGUGUCGUGUACGUGGCGCAGAGAGGUGACAAUGUGCCCAAGGUGCUGGUGUUCACCACAGAUGGAGAUUUCCUCAUGUCCUGGAACACAACCACCCUGGAGAUGCCUCAUGGUAUAUUUUUAGCAGACGCCUCCUCUUCAAACCCCACUGUGUGGAUCACAGACGUGGGGAGCGGCCCGUACGGCCACUGCAUCAAACAAUACUCGCCAUCCGGGAAGCUCCUGCAGGUGCUUGGUACACCGGGGGAGGCCGGCUCCGGGUUGAACCCUCUGCAGUUCGACAGUCCGGCUGAGAUCUUCGUCCACGACUCCGGAGAGAUGUACAUCGUGGACGGAGACGGUGGGCUGAACAACCGCCUCAUCAAGCUGUCCAAAGAGCAGCAGGUGUUGUGGAUGCACGGAGAGAAGGGGCAAGGCCCAGCUCAGUUCAACAUCCCCCACAGCGUGACCGUGGACAACGUCCAGAGGGUGUGGGUGGCCGACAGGGGGAAUAAGAGGAUCCAGGUCUUUAGCUCCAUCACCGGCGAAUGGCUGGGGAUGUGGGGGAGCUGCUUCACAGAGGAUGCGCCCUAUUCAGUCCGCCUGACCCCGGACAAGAAGUACUUUGUCGUUGUCCAGCUCAACACUAACCAGAUUUCGCUGCUGGAAGCUCCACCGGUGGGUUCGAUAGGCCAGUGCAGUGUGGCCAGUGUGAUCCAGCUGGCUGACGAAAUGAAGCCCCACCUGGUGGACCUGGACCUGAAGACAGGCGAACUGUACGUGGCAGAAAUUGGAGCUCAGCAGGCCCAAAAGUUCACCCCCUUCAGUCUGGGUGGGAGCUUCCUGUAGUGCCACACUUGGCGUGAUCGAUCACAAAUGAACUGCGCCUAUAAUGAGCAUUACCGAUCCAUUCAAACUGGACUUAAAGGGUCCACCUGUUACGUCAUUUGGAAUCAUGUCAUCCAGAAGAGAGAAAAAAUGACUAAUAAGAUGAGACCCCAGCGGUAAGAUGUCUGAGGUGUCCCCUGACAACCCAGUCUCGUAGAAAUUACAUUUAUAUAUUAAGGGUUUCCAAGAAUCUCUGUGUUUCCGUUAGCUUAGAAUGAGCCCUCCAUAGUCCUCUUCACGGAAUCCGGCACAUUGCACCGCCAUGUUUUUACGGGAGCCCAGAGUGGACAAAUCAAACACUGACGCUAGAGGGGGCCAAUACUCACACUGGAGAAGUUUCAGUUGGUUGCAAUCUGGAACCUCACCACUAGAUGUCACCAGAUCCUACACUCUGGCCCUACCUGGUAGUACCACCCACUAACCCAUCCAUAAUAUAUAAAUGUCAUUUUGUCUGAGACAGGGUUUCCUCUGUCUAAGCAUGUGCUGCUUUCAAAAGUUAAAAUAAGUUAAAAAAAUAUACAAAUAUUUGACUGCAGGAUGAUUGUAAGUAAAUCCUGCAAAACACAUUCAGCAGUGUGAAGUUUCUGCUCUUACAAAAUAAAAUGCAGUUGAAUUGGUUUCUUCACAAUAGAUGAGGCGAUCAAGCUUUCACACUGCUGCCAUUGUUGUUUCUGUUCGGGAAGUUAUGUGUCGUUUGUUUUUCUCUUGACUCCUUAAAAAGGUGAGAGCUGUUCUUUGUGCUUUUUCCCUGUGCAACCUUUUGCUUCUGUACAGCUGUUUCUCCCUUUUUAAAAAGCUAGAUAUGAGUUGUUUAUAAAUAUCAUCGAAGCACUUCAUAAUGCAGUGAAUCAAUAGGGUAUGGCUUGGUAAAUUAUUUUACUGAAAAAUGACUUUUGCUAUUGUAGGUGUAGUUAAUUUUGUCUUGCACUUUAUUGCCUGUAUUACAGAAACCAUUGUAUUGUAGUAUUGUACUUACUGUGAUAAAUGUAUUGUGAUAGCUUA